AUGGAUUCGGAUUGUAGCUAUCACUACACGGACAAUUUCCUCAUCGACCCAUACGAGGAAGAGUUGAAGGAAGAGAAGAGGCGCCGCAAGGAAAUGGAGAAGAUGAAGCAGCAUUGGGACAUGGUUGGAUUCGUCGCCGACGGCCAAUAUGGGAUUCCGAGAAGAUGCCCAUGUGGUGGAUCUAUCAAGCACGAUGUAUCUCCUUCUCCAAAAUUUAAACGCGAUUUCGAUACUCAACCAGGCAGUAGGUACUUCACCUGCACCAAAUUUAAGCCAUGGGUUUUCGGAGUCGGACAAGAGAUUGAGAAGCUAGUUAUGAAAGUUGAAGAGCAGAGCAAGACGAUUGAAAAAAUGCGAAAACAGAUUCAGAUCCAAGCCGAAGAAAUAGCCAAGCUCAAAACUUAA